AUGUCUGAAACCCUAAUGGGCCGCAAUGACUUCAAAGAUUUUGCGGCCUUAUGUUUCGAAGAAUUUGGAGACCGUGUGAAAUUGUGGGUUACACUAAACGAGCCAUGGGUCUAUAGCAUUGGUGGCUAUGACACAGGAAGAAAAGCUCCUGGACGUGCCUCCAAGUACAUGAACGAAGCAGCUGUAGCUGGAGAAUCUGGCCUCGAGGUUUAUACCGUUAGUCACAAUCUACUUCUUGCUCACGCAGAAGCCGUUGAAGUCUUCAGAAACAAUCCAAAAUGUAAAGAUGGCAAGAUUGGUAUCGCGCAUUGUCCCGUAUGGUUUGAGCCUUAUGACUCAAACUGCCCUGAUGACAAAGAAGCAUGUGAAAGAGCCAUGGAAUUCAUGUUUGGAUGGCACAUGGAUCCAACGGUGUACGGAGAUUACCCAGAAGUGAUGAAGAAAUCGAUCGGGAAAAGAUUACCCUCGUUUACCGCAGCCCAAUCCAAGAAGCUAAGAGGUUCUUUUGACUUCGUUGGAGUGAAUUAUUACAGUGCUUUCUACGUUAAAAGUAUUGCUGAAGUGGACCAUAACACUCCCAAUUGGAGAUCAGACGCACGCAUCGAAUGGAGAAAACAAAACAAAGCAGGACAGACGUUGGGAGUAAGAGGUGGUUCAGAAUGGGACUUUCUGUACCCACAAGGGCUUAGAAAGUUUCUAAACUAUGCUAAGAAUAAAUACGAAAGCCCUAAAUUCAUGAUCACUGAAAACGGACAUUGUGAUAUAGAUUACGAGAAAAAGCCAAAGCUUUCUAACUUGAUGGAUCUCCAAAGGACAGAGUACCACAAGAAACAUCUCCAAAGCAUCCAACAAGCCAUCCAGGAGGAUGGUGUUGAAGUGGAAGGAUACUUUGCGUGGUCAUUAUUAGACAACUGCGAAUGGAACGCUGGUUAUGGAGUCCGAUAUGGCCUUUUCUACGUCGAUUACAAGAAUGGGCUAAAACGUUUUCCAAAAAUGUCUGCCAUGUGGUUCAAAGAGUUCUUGAAGAGAGAAGAAGAGAUGGGAGAUUCUGAUGAAGAAGAAUACUUGCUUAAUGUUGCAACAAAGAAGAAGAGAUUCUUAUUAGCAACUGGUUCGGCCUCGUGUUUUAUUCCUAAGAUGUCUGAAUCGUCUAAGGCCCUCGAGCUAUUUUUCUAGAUUUAUUCGGUUUUAUAUUUGUUGUGUAAACUUUUUGUUUACUAUCAUUCUUGGAUUCAAAUCAAUUAAUAUAG